AUUAUUAUCUUCCAGUUUCGGUCAAAUGUGUUCAGCGGAACGCCGAGCGAAGGUUUCCCGUGAGGAUUUGGCGAGAGCCACUUUAGUUACUAUUACUAAUAAUAUCGGCUCUAUAGCAAGACUUUGUGCCUCUAAUGAAAAUAUUGAACGGGUGGUGUUUUGUGGUAAUUUCCUGCGAGUUAAUCCUCUAUCUAUGAAGUUAUUGUCAUAUGCUAUGAGUUACUGGUCAAGGGGUGCUUUAAAAGCAUUAUUCCUAGAACACGAAGGUUAUUUCGGCGCUGUUGGUUGCUUACUUCACUUAGAUAUCAACCACCGUAAGGAGAAUAAUCGGCAUUCUGUUGAGACGAGUCAAGCGGACAGGUGAACUUGAAACUUCACUAUAAAAUACACUAUAUAUUGGCACAAUAUUAUAUUAUGUUGAACUAUGGGACUAUAUUGUGUUGAACUAUAGGAGAAUAUCAUGUUGAAUUAUGGGACAAUAUUUUUUUGAACAAUGAGGCAAUGUUAUGUUGAACUAUGACACAAUAUUAUGUUGAACUAUGGCACAAUAGUGUGUUGAACUAUAAGAUGUUGAACUAUGUAACAAUAUUAUGUUGAUCUAUUGUACAAUAUUAUGUUGAACUAUUGUACAAUAUUAUGUUGAACUAUUGUACAAUAUUAUGUUGAACUAUUGUACAAUAUUAUGUUGAAAUAUAGGACAAUAUUAUGAUGGUCUACUGGACAAUAUUAUGUUGAACUAUUGUACAAUAUUAUGUUGAAAUAUAGGACAAUAUUAUGUUGGUCUACGGGACAAUAUUAUGUUGAACUAUUGUACAAUAUUAUG